AUGCUUUUGGAGGUGGAUUACAUGCCUUGGACGUACAACGCCAUAGCCAGCAUAGCUCAUUGGACCUUGCUCGCAGGCUAUCUCAUAAUCCCUGGGACGUUCACGGCUCUACAGAAAUCUGGUCAGGUCCAGGACGUUCUGGCAAAGGACCAAGUCGGACAGGCAGUUCUGAACACAAUCCAAAACCCCCCACUUUUGGCGAUUGCCUGUAUUCUGUUUGUUGCGUCUACAGCAGCACUGGGGUGGCUCUACUGGGAGUGGCGUCACAAUUACAUCUGGCUCACUAAUCGGAUCUUCACGCCCAUCAUCAUGAACGCAGCUGCUGGGCUUGCCACCACUCUCAUCAAUAUCUACACCGCGCGGGAUGGCGAUUGGUCUAUUAUGGCUUUAAUCACCACUAUCAUAACCGGAGUCACGCUAGUGACAUCCUUCUCGCUGGCGAUGGUAUUCAAGUUCAUCAAACUCAAAGAGGUACAAGAAGUCCAUAUGCGUGAAGUGUAUCUCGGUAGUCCGGAGCGAAGUACCUGA